CAAUGGCUGGUUCUGCACGGAUCCCCAAUGAAAAGAAAACAGGUGGGAAGGCAGCGCCUCCUCAUUUCCUGUUCCAGCUGGCUGCAGCCCUGGACAACCCCACCAUCAAGUCACUGGAGUGGCAUGAAGAUGGGAAAGGGAUUCUUCUCCAUGCCAAGUUGUUUGAGGAAGAGAUCCAGAGGCACCAAGAAUUGUUUACAGAGCUCAGGCAUCUGAAAUCCGUUCCUGUGCUCCAGGCCUGGCUAGCAACCUAUGGCUUUAAAGCAAGAAUGGUGAAAACCGAUUCUGAAAUGCUUGUUUUCCAACAUGCCGAUUUCAAGAAGCUCCCUCCAAGGGUGGAGGAGACAGAGGGCCCCAAAACUGAAGGUUCUCUUGUGCCCAAACAGUCAAAGAAAUCCAAGAAAAGGAAAAGCACACUGGAUAUCACUGUGGUCCCAGCCGCUAGCACAGCAGGCACAUUGCUUCCAGAGCCUACAGGUGUAGAGAGAAAGUCACAGCGUCUACGUCCCUUAUACCAAUAUAUCAACUAUGAUAACCCAGAGAUGAACAGCCCCUCAGACAAACAGUGUGACCUGCCUCCGCUGGAAGUGCAUUCUGCUCUAGAGAAUAAGACAGGCCCAUUGGAACCAAGAAUAACUUCACUCAAAGAAGACAAAGGAAAAGAGCUGAGAAUUCCAACAAGUGCCACUGCGGGAGCUGCAGCAAAGGCUGAAGUAGACAAGUCUACUCAGGUGGACAUUGAUAAGAUGCUCAGCGUCUGUGCGGCUCACCUAGUCCCACCACUGUCGCCACAGCACAAGUAGCAACAUCUAACAGGAUGCUUAGCUACUCCUCCAAGAGACAAGGCCUAAGACAGAGUCAUUUUGCUAGAUGCUCCUUUAUGCUACCAAUUGUAUUUCCCCAAGUGUUGAUUAUAUUCAGGUGUCAAGUUUUGCAUUGUCUCCUCACUUGCCUGUAAAACAACAACGGCGGUAUACCCUACCUCCAUUUUAUCCUUUACAAAUAUACUCAGUCUGGCAACAGUAUAUCUCAUCUGUGCUGGAAGGUGGUGAAAGAGAAUAAUAAUGGCACAU